AUGGGUUCUCAUGCUCCAGGUCGAGACUACACGCUACCGAAUGAGAGAGAGAUUGAGCGAAGAUUCAUGCUAGACUGGACCGAACGCGUUGUUCAGCACCAUCUCUCAAGCCUUCGAGUGUUACAGGAGAGAGUCCAACGCUUCGUGGAAGCACAUAAUGAUUCAAUCGCGCAACGUUACCCUCAGUUUCAAGACAGGUGUCGAGGAUUUUCUUCACUUGGCUCUGAAAUGUUUGACAAUUGCUACGGGAUAUUAAGAACAAGGCUCGGUCAACUAGCGGUCCCAUCGCCAUUGAUUGCCCCCGUGGUCCAGUUCCUGACACCCAGCCUGUUAGUGGAAGGGGUAGCAGAGCUCAGAGCCCGAGUACCCACACCCGGCCUCGAGUCGCUACCAGUUCAAGCGCCCCCAUCCUCCGAGACUUUAACGCAGCCAGGUGCAUUGCACGUGGAGGGUAAUGCCAACGAUACAGAUGCACUGGAUGGUGAUAGCUCCGACGAUGAUACUUCUGACGAUCCCGGCUCAGACAGUGCGGACUCGACAUAUGAACCAGAUCAUGAGACACCAAUAGUUUCCAAGCUAAAGGACCAGCGAGCAAACAAACGGCACGUCAGCCCGAACGCUCCGAUAAGCCACCCAAGCAAGAGGCGCAAGUCAACCCAGGGACCACACGUUGAUGCAAUGAUGCAGACUGAUUGUACCAUACGGCUGGAUCAAUGUGAAGAAGGAGAAGCUAUCUUUCGGGUCGCACAUCAUCCGAACACAUUCUUCGUUCUACGAUGCCAGAACCACGAUUGUCCUGAAAGGAUUGCUAAGUUGAACCCUUUCGACAAAUCCCUAGCAUUUGAACAUUUCAACAAACUUCACCCCAAUGGAAAGAGUCGCGGUGAAGCAGAAAUCGCGAUGGAGAACUCUUUGAGGAUCACUGGUCUAAAUAGGGUAAAGACAGACGAACUGAAGAGAAGUGCAUUCAAAUGUCGACUGAGAACCAAGCCGCUAGAAGAUAUCCCAGGUGAUCUAGUCAUGCAGCCUAAGCCCCCACGAACAGUCCUCAUGACUCAGGCUUUGACUAAGCCGAGGACAUUGUCACCUGGGAACCCCAGUGUGACAUCUUUGCCCUUGGUUACGGACCAGCCUUCACGUCUCACAAUGGACGCGUAUGAUCUCCCCAACAGUGGUGAGAAAUCACACUACAAGUGCGGUAAUAGUGCACAACCGCACAGGGAGGGCCUCCCCGCAUCCGUGACCUCUGACCAAAAUCUUAACAAGAUACUUGCUACAGGUAUCAGCGCGUUCGGAGACUUUGGUGGUAGGGAAGAUGGUAGCGGCGAGAUCUUGCCGGGUCGCAUCAUUCCAUCUAUUGAAGAACCUGAGUUCAAUAGUCCGGACUCGUACGCCACCAGCCCGACGGUUCGCACGCCAAGUGUCUCGCCGAUCUAG